AUGCAAAGUGUUCCAGCUUAUCUCCACAAUUUGUUAGAUUCCAUUCCAAAGAAGAAUCCAUCAGAUUUCUGCACCCUGCGCAACCUUGAUAUUGGCGGAGACAUGAGCACAGUUAAACUGAUUGAAAAAUUACAGUAUCAUCUACCAAAACAUGCAUGCAUAUGGAAUAUUUACGGUCCGGCUGAAGCAACAGUUGAUUGCACGUUCCAUAUUCUCGAUAUGAGUAUUGGUAUAAUCAAUAUUCCUAUCGGACAUUCAUUGCCUCAUUACCGAUGUUUGAUUUUGGAUAAUUUCUUGCAAUCUGUUGUCAUCUCACAACAAGGCGAACUAUAUGUUGGAGGUGUAGGUGUCUUCGCUGGUUAUCUUAAACGUGAUGAUUUGACAGCAAAAGCACUUAUUAGAAUAGAUGAUGAAACAUUUUAUCGAACAGGUGAUCUUGUUCGAAUGGAUAGCAAUGGUCUUCUUCAUUAUCAAGGAAGAAAAGAUCAUCAAAUCAAGUUACAUGGACAACGUAUUGAACUAGGAGAAAUCGAACAAUGUUUAUUGAAGACAUCAAUUUCUGCGUGUGUUGUCAUCAAAUGGGAUGAUGAUCAUUUGAUUGCUUAUGUUCAAAGUUCUAAUAUCAAUGAAGAACAAUUACGUCAGCAUUGUCAAUAUCACCUUCCACUGCAUAUGAUUCCAUCAUUAUUCGUUCUGCUGGAGAAACUACCUUUGAAUGCAAAUGGAAAAAUAGAUCGAAAGCUUCUUCCAGCACCUCAAUUUGCGUCGUUGACGAAUAUCGAUCAAACUGAUGGAAUCCCAUUAACAUCACUGGAAGAACAUCUACAACGUAUAUUUGGCGAGGCAUUUCACAAUGAAUCACCAAACGUAAAUAUGACAUUUGGACAGUUGUGUGGUACAUCACUUGAUGUUAUACGAGCACUUGUACUCAUUCGACAAGAAAUAUGUACAAAGGUUGAUGUUCGUCUCUUAUUUUCAAAUCCUUCGAUUCGACAACUUGCACGAAUCAUUGAACCACAACUUGUCACUUUAUGGUCGACUAAUAAUUCUUAUUGGUUAAAGCAUUUAUUAGGUACACCAUUUUAUAAUUCUUAUCUUCGAUUAUGUGGUGCAAAAAUUGAAUGUCAUACACAUAUAUACACUACAUUGAUCGAUGCUCCUUGGUUGCUUGAAGCGGGAGAAUCAUCAUUUAUUGGCGAAGAAGUGGUACUUUCAAGUUUAUCAUAUCAGGAUCAAACCUAUCGACUUCAUCGAAUUCGUAUUGGAUCAUACUGUUCAAUCAAUACACAUAGUGUACUCUAUGAAGAUGUAAUAAUAGAAGAUCAUGUUUAUGUAAAACCAAUGUCUGCUAUCACAGGAGUCAUUACAACAUCGAAAGGCAAAACAUUUAUCAAAGAUCGAUCAUUAUCAUUGAUUCACACUGUGUAUCAAUCCACUUGUCUACUAUGUCUUCUCUUUAUUCAUGGAAUAAUUCUGCUCUUAGUUUAUGGUGUCCAUUCUUAUUGUUCAACAUUGUUAUUACCAUUACCUAUCAGUCUUGCUUUAGCAUGGUUGAUCUGGACACUGACAAGCUUUUGUAUUGCCUUAGCUUUAUUGAAGUUUAUUGUAGGACGUGCUACAUCAGGAUACUAUUCAAUUAAUUCUUACGAUUACUUGCACAAAUUAUGGUUACGUCAAUUGAUUAUAACAUCAUUUCAUCAAGCAUUAGAUUUUUUACCAUCAUACGAUGCCAUUUCAUCCUACAUUUUACGAUGGUUGGGUGCUCAUAUCGAAGGCAACGUCAAAUUCGCUGAAUUUCAACAAAUAUUACGUUUUCCAUCAAAUCUUCUUAACAUUGAAGGUAAUGUGACGACAUUUGGUGGAGCUAAUCUUGCUUCAUUCAAAAUGACGAAACAAGGACUUUGUUUCCUUGAUGAAAUACAUCUAGGCUCGAAUGCAAAUCUUGGCAAUUGGUGUACCAUUAUGCCAGCUACAAGACUUCCUCCUAAAGUAAUCGUUGGAAGCCUUACAUUGGUUACACAAAAAACAUUUAGUGCCGAAGGAACACAAUUUCUUGUUUUUCUUUUUCGUAUACUUGGUGCUCAAAUCGCAUCUGAUGUUAUUCUGCCUGAUAUUCGUUGUCUUACUGAUCCUCAUCUAGUUAAUAUUGGUGAUCAUGUUCGUCUGAAUAGGAAUGCUGUCGUACAAGCUCAUACAUUCGAACAACGUAUAUUGAAACUAGCACCAAUUACUAUAGGCUAUUCUACUGUGCUGAUGAGUAAUACGUUAAUACUUCCUGGAGCAACACUCCAAGGACAAAAUCGCAUCUUACCAUGGACACUUGUGAUGAAGAAUGAUCAACUGCCACCUAACACAAAUUGGUCUGGCGUACCUGCUCACCAAGUUAUCUAA